AUGGCAUUUGAUGCUAACAGUUUAUACGCUUCCGCCAUGUCGGAUUUAGACAGUGAAUAUCCGAGAGCGGAAAGUGGAAGACCGUUUCUACCAGAAGAAGAAAAAGAAUUUGUGAUGCUGUUCAAUAAACAAAAGUUCAGACCUAGAACAGCUAUUUUAACAGUGUGGUUUGACUAUCCCAAAAACAUGUUCUUCCAACCGAUACCAGCUAAAGAUAAAAUCACUUUCACGAAUAAAGAAGGUAAAAAGGAAACUGGUAACAAAAUCAGGUUCAGAAAUGGUUUCUGUCACGACGUUUUAACAUCGGUUGAUAUUCAAGAAAUAGUGAAAGCCGGUGGACGAAUUAUUAGAAUAUUAGAUGAUUUAAGAAAUAAAUAUAAACGAGAAGGUAAUAUCGUGGGUAGUAACUGCAUGAAAUUAUUAGGUAAUUCCUUGUAUGGUAAAUCAAUUCAGAAAGAUAUAUUCACAACUAGACAUUUAUGGAAUGAAGCAACUUUACAGGCCAACUUUGAUUCACGCGUUAAAACCUAUGAGAAAAUUAAUGAUACUCAAUAUAUUGUUGAAACGGAAAUUGAAGAAAAAGAGAUUACUACCGAAGAUAGUAAAUCUACACGACUAACACCUAGUCAUUUGGGAUCAUUCGUUUUAUCUCACAGUAAAAAAAUAAUGAACAAUUUCAUUCACGUCAUAAAUGGAUUUUAUAAACCCGAAAUAUACUAUACCGACACAGAUAGUUUGUACAUUUCAUCCAAAAAUUGGAAAAAACUAAACAGAGCUGGUUUGGUCUCCGAAAAAGACUAUUGCAAAGGUAAAAACGAUUACGGUGACGGUGGAAUUAUAUUUGGUUUAUAUUUAGCACCAAAAGUCAAAUACAACAUCGUUUUGACUUCUGAUGGUGUUUUAAAAGAAAAGAAAACGUUUAAAGGUUAUUCUAAUGAUAAGAUAAGUGUAGAAGAUUACGUUCUGUUAGCAAGCGGACAUGAUGUGUCGAACGAAUUUAAUAAACCAUGGGAAAAAAGUUUCACCAAUGGAGUAGUUAUUCCAAAUGAUAAACAAACUAAAGUUUUUAGAAGUUAUUUGAAUAAUGUUAAAAGAAAACCACCAAACAGUGAAGGAAUUAUGUAUCCUUACAACGACAAAGAUGAGUAUAGUUUUGACGAAAACUAUGAAUUUGAUGAUUUCGAUUUUCUUACUAUUCAAGAAGAGAAUGAACAUUGUUUUAAAUGA